AUGUACUCGGAUAAUGGGACCACCUUCGUCGGGGCAAAAAAGCAAAUCAAGGAACUAUACGAAUUUUAUAACAAACAAGAAACGCAGUCCGAUCUCAAUCAAUUCUGUGCCAACGAGGGCAUUUGCUGGGAAUUCAUUCCGCCCAACGCUCCUCAUUUUGGCGGUUUAUGGGAAGCGGCGGUAAAAUCCGCCAAACAUCACUUGACUAGAAUUGUGGGUCAAGCCCAUUUAAAUUUUGAAGAACUGCAGACUGUAUUGUCUGAGAUAGAAGCUAUAUUAAAUUCGCGCCCUAUUACGCCACUAAGCGAGGAUCCCAACGACUUGUAUUAUCUUAGUCCGGGUCACUUUCUGGUUGGUACAGCACUAAAUAGUUUUCCUUGCAGAGACUUUAGCGAGAUCAAUGAGAAUAGGCUCCUACGAUGGCAACGCGUGGAGCAACUUCGACAGCACUUUUGGCGCAGAUGGAGUAGCGAGUACUUAGGCUCGUUGCAGGAAAGGUCGAAAUGGAAACAAAAUUCGGGCAUUCAACUACGCGUCAAUCAGCUCGUACUUGUAAAACAACAAAAUCUACCCCCUCUACAAUGGGCUAUAGGUCGCGUCUUAGAGAUUCAUCCCGGAUCCGACAAUGUAGUACGAACUGCAACUAUAAAAACCACCAAGGGUACUUAUGUUAGACCAUUGUCGAAGCUCGCGAUAUUACCCUCAGAAAUCCAACCGACGGAUAACUAA